AUGGCACCGAAGAAGGAUAAGGCACCACCACCGUCAUCAAAGCCGGCGAAGUCAGGAGGAGGGAAGCAAAAGAAGAAGAAGUGGAGUAAAGGAAAGCAAAAGGAGAAAGUGAACAACAUGGUUCUCUUUGAUCAAGCUACUUAUGAUAAGCUUCUCUCUGAAGCUCCUAAGUACAAGCUUAUCACUCCUUCUGUCCUCUCCGAUCGUAUGAGGAUUAGUGGAUCACUUGCGAGGAAGGCAAUUAGGGAGCUGAUGGCUAGAGGUUCGAUUAGGAUGGUCUCUGCCCAUGCAAGCCAGCAGAUUUACACCAGGGCAACCAACACCUAG